AUGUGUUUCGGCUCUGGCUUCUUCGAUGGCAUAAUGCCGACUCCGCCUCGUCGAGAAAAAUAUAAAAACGAGAAGAAGUACCAGCGAGACUAUGCCCGGUAUGAACAGAAGUUAGAGAACUACAUGGACAAGGAUAACAGAAGGAGGAGAUUGGCGAAUUCUAAAGCUGGGGCUCUUGGAGCGGCAACCAUGGCUUCGGGCGGCUGCUGA